GCUGAGGCUCCCGGUGGGUUACCAUGGCAGGGCCUCCUCAGUGGUCGUUUCUCGGACCCCCAUCCGCCGGCCCUCAGGCCAGAUGAGGCCGGACCAGACAAAGCCUCCUGUGUUUGGCCCGUCUAAGCAGCUGGACAUCGAGCUGGAGAUGGCCUUCUUUGUUGGAGGAGGGAAUCAGCUGGGGGAGCCAAUCCCCAUCGAGAAAGCCCAUGAACACAUCUUCGGCAUGGUGCUCAUGAACGACUGGAGCGCCAGGGACAUCCAGGCGUGGGAGUAUGUUCCUCUCGGUCCUUUCCUGGGGAAGAACUUUGGAACAACCAUUUCCCCCUGGGUCAUCCCCAUGGAGGCGCUGUUACCCUUCGCAGAGCCCAACGCCAUCCAGGUCAGCACCGCGGUCCUGUAA